CUCUGUGUUUUGGGUAUCAUUAAGCAAUAAGAGAGGUUUUUGUUCAUAUGGCUAAAAUAGGCAAAGGGAUUCAGAUUCCUCUAUCAUGGGUACCUGCUAAGGAUGGAAAUGUCCCUAAUAAUGCUCUCAGUGUUACUCGUGGUAUCUAUGUGGUUCGUUGCAAACACGAUGGUCAAUGGAUUCCUGGGAAGGCUGCAACUGGACAUAAUGCAGCUUAUUAUCCAUAUGGUGGUGAAGAAAAGAAUACAAGAGAAUAUGAAGUCCUGUGUGAUACCUCAUUUUCAGGACAUCAAGGAUAUGAAUGGUUACAUGCAUCAUAUGGUGGUGUGCCGAAAAAUGCAAUCAUUGCUGGCAUGUCAGGUUUUGAUCCACUAUACAUAGCCAAAUCUUCAAUUAAUGGAGAACCAUCUGUUGGAAAGGUACAUAGUGGCCAUGAAUGUGCAUAUUUACCAUGGGGUGGUAAAGAACACUCAGUGAAAGAAUAUGAAGUUUUAGUUUGGAAAAAGUGAAAUUGAUUUUGUUGUUCUGAUCUCCAAGAUCAUCGAAAGAUUAUCUCUUGUAUAACUGUUUCCAUUUAAUUAGAAGGAACAAUAAAAUGAUUAGAUAAAAGUGUAUCUCUUCGUGUUAAAAAAUAACUUGAUGUACAAUUAUCAAUAAAAACAUCAUAACAAAAACAUACUACAAAGAUUUCUUAGUAAAAUGAAAUUAAAAAUAACUGCUGUUUGUUCAUUGUCUCUGAUUGCUUAAAAUUGAGUCCUUUAUGUAUUCAAAAGACUGAUUGGACAAACAUUACUCGCAACUGACUGAAAACUGAGUGCUAAUCACAAUGAUGUUUUACUCGUUCUAUCAGAGCACAUCAAAUUCUAUCGACAGAAUGGUACUAUGGUUACUAGCAUUGUAGUAAAAGAGAACAACAGUGGAGACAACAACUUUUACAAACAUUUGUGGCAAAAGUAUGAACUAUGAGAAUUAACAAAAUAAAUGC